AUGCCCACCUUCGACCCGUCCUCCUUGAACGCCAACCACUCGUCCUACUCUCGUUCGCCCAGCUCGCCCACCACAUCACUCGGUGCGAACGGCAAGCCGCUCUACCUCUGUCAACCCUUCGUCGGCUCCUCCCUCGUCAAAGGAUCGCUCAAAACCAUCUCUUCGGUCCCCAAAUACGUCGACCCAAAAGAAUGGAUCGCCGUCAACCUCUUUGACUUUUUCAACAACCUCAACCAGUUCUACGGCGUUCUCACCGAGUUCUGCACUCCCAUCGCCAACCCUACCAUGUCAGCCGGUCCCGGUUUGGACUAUACGUGGAUCGAUCAGAAUCGCAAACAGGUCAAACUUCCCGCACCGCAGUACAUCGACUACGUCAUGACCUGGGUCGGAGGUCUUUUGGGUGACGAAGCAACCUUUCCCACCAAAGCAUCGCGCGAUUUCCCCCCAACCUUCUUGACAACUUGCAAACACAUCUACAAACAGCUACUGAGGGUCUUUGCCCAUGUGUAUCACGCACAGUACCAGUACCUGGUGCAUCUGUGCUGUGAGGGACACUUCAAUAGUUUGUUCGCCCACUUCAUCGCCUUUGGCAGCGAAAAUAGGCUGUUUGAUUACAGGGAUUUUAGGUACAGCGGCGCUAGUGGGGGUGGACAGAGUCCCACGGCGGAGAGAGGUCAGGGUUAUCCGGGCGUGUGCGAUUUGAUCGAAAGAUGGGUCGAAAUGGGCGUCUUGGGACCCGAGUGCAUUGGUCAGAGGUGA